AAACGUUAAAAACCGAGGUCCUUUUUUUGUCUUUGGGUUUCGACUGCUACCCGCCUUUACAGACAAACGGACUUGUUUGGAAGAAAAGAAAAGGAAAGAAAGCAAAGGAAGAUUAUGGGUGCAGAAGAAGAGCAACAAGGAAAGCACAAUAGCAAUCAACCAAGCCCUAAUUCCAUAACAGAAGAUCAGUUUCUGUCCUGGAAACGCCGAAAGGAUGCAGAUGCUUCAGCUAGAAAAGCUGAAGUAGCUAGGAAACGUGCUGAAGAUAUAGCUGCUGGAACAGUGCAAAUGAAUGGUCGGGAGCUUUUCUUGCACGAGCCUUGGGUAUUUGAUAACACUCUUUAUUGAGCAGGCAUGUGGUGGCUGUGGUGCCAAGAAAGAAGAAUCCUAUCAACUUAAUUCUCAAAGCUUGAGAAAUACAUAAAAUAAAAAUUGAGAAAGCCCCUUAAGUUGGAGCGGUCUUGGAUGCAAAUUGCAAAUAACUGCGGGCACAAAGGCAGAGAAAGAAAAGAAAAGUACUUAGAGAGGAAAAAGAGCUCCGUGAAACACAUAUACAGACGCUUAAAAAAGGAACGAAAUGAUAAGACUCCAUCAUUCUGCCACCUUCUGUUUCGAGUUAUGCAUCUUUGUCCAAGCUGCUUCGCACGUAUUCAAGACACUGUGACCAUGAAUUUCAUUAUCAAUGCCACCUUGUCUCUAUGAUAAAACUGAAUCAUUUUGAUUAAUCAUACAUCUUUCCUUUUAUAAUUUAAGCGACAUUUGAUUUCUUAUUUA